CAGUGCAACAUAACCUCAUUCUCUGACCAGUCGCUAAAUUUUUUAUUAACACUUGGAGGACCCAACAUUUGGCACAACGCGGAGGAUCAAAUUGGUAAUAAGUACCAGUUGAUAAAAUAUGCUCAAUAAUUAAUUAUUAAUCAGUUUAUUGAACAAGGAUCGAAAGUUUCACUAAUUCUCAAUCUCCUUCAAGCAUUCCUACACCGAAUUACUAAAUAUUUAAUUGAGAAAAUCGUCACUGAAAAAAAAUUGCGUAGAAUCGAUGCAAAAUUGCCAAUUCAAACGACUUUUUUAGCUACAAUUUUACAUAAUUUAUUAUUGCGCCUAAAUAAUCACAAACUUUGAUUCUUUAAGUAACUUUUUAAUCACUUCCGGCAAUAAAAUUAGUCCACAUUAAUUAUUUUUGACUGAGGAAAAGUGAACAAGAGUACUUUAUUUGGGAAAUAUGGGGAAACAUAACCUCAAAACCACGGCAAAAAUGCAUGGGAUUUUGACUGGUAGUUAUUACCAAUUUGAUCCUCCGCGUUGGAUUCUGACUUUGACCUCAAUUAUCUUCCAAAGAAAAGACUUUUCUCGAGAUUUUCUUUUUGCUAUCUUAAAGUAAUUAAAAUUCCCUACACAUAGAUGCUAAAUUCAUCGAGAUAAGUCCAAUAGAUUUUAUUCUGUGACGAUUUUAAGGUUUCAAUUGGUACCAAUUACCAGUAAAGUCCUCCGAGUGUUAAGAAAAAAUAAAGAUUUUUUUAAACACUUUGUAGACGAAGAAAUCUCUUAAUUUUAUAUUUUAUUAGGAUCUUUUUCUGAAUAAGGUUAAAAAGAGAACUGUAAAAAAAGUUUUAGGUUCCAAAGCAAUUUUCUUGAGAUUUCGUGGAAAUGGAAGUAAAUCCGGGGAAACAGGAUCAUCAAAAGGGGGCAGAACAUCUGAAUUUGGACAUUGUAAAAUAGGAGUACAUUGUCAUAGAAGAGUAGAGGUUGGGAGAUGUGAAUGCGGAAGCAGUUGAUGAGAGUAUGGGAAAACGAGUGGAGAUGAGUGAUGCAGGAAGAGAUACUGGACGAAAUACAGGAACAGGACGAAGGAAAUCAUACAAACCAAUAAAGUACAUGGAAACGGCACAUCCCCCUACAACCCAAGCCUCCUGUAGCCCCUGUAGAGAAACCUCCGGUACGCAAAAAUCCCCCCAAAGUUCAUUCAGAUACCAAAUUCAAAGCAAAACAACGAGUAUUGGAUACAAGUGAGAUUACACAGUCCGGAAUCCUUUUCAUUUAGAUGAGUAUCAUGCUGACAUAGUUGUGCUGGAAUCACGAGAAUCUCAGGUGCAGGAAAAAUGGCCUAGUCCGUAUUUUUAGUGUUCAUGGGAAAAAACCGUUGAAUUCAAAACCCAGGAACCUACUUGGAAGUAAAGAGUUUUUUGAGGUUAUCUUGCUUGACAUUUGAGGCACCUAAAACUUGAGAAAUUAGGUAAAAAUAGUCAUAAAUCUCAUUUUCAAGCCAAAUUUGCAAAAAGUCUCAAAAAAGGUCUCAAAGGACGAGAUAAAAAUGAUGGAAAUCGAUUUAACUGAAGAAGAUGAAAUAAAGGAUGUGAUAGUGAAGGAGGAAUAUAUUCUUGAUGAUGAUAUCAGUGAUUCCGAGACAACUGCCCAGGAAGUUAAGACAGAAGAAGACUCCAAAUGUUGGCAAGAAGAAUCAAUGCAAUUUCAAUCUACGUCUUCUGAUGCUCAGCAAGAUUCAAAAGACUUCCUGCAGUUUGAGAUUACAGAAUUAGAUGAACUUGGGCCGGAUAAGAAGCCGCGUGAAAAGAGACUCAAAUGCCAGGUGUGUGAUAGGAAGUUCCCCGAGUCAAAGUACUACGAUCACCUGCGGAGUCACACGGAAAGGGCUAAAUUUCAAUGCGAUAUAUGCCUGAAGACCUUUGUCUCGGGCAUUAGCAAAUGGAAGCACAUGACGAAUACGCAUGAAUGUGACAUUUGCGGUGAGAUCUUUAGCAAGAGGAAGGACAGAACGGAGCACAUUCUUGAGGAUCACAAAGGAAUUGAAUCAAAAAAUCUCCGGCCGAGCGACAUUAAACCCUUCCGGUGUGAUAAAUGUGGGAAAUCCUUCUCCUACGAAUGCCACUAUAUGCAGCACAUUUCCAGCACUAUUGACUGCACGAGGCAAUUAAUUUGUCCCAUUUGCAGUCAGGAGUGCAAGACACAGUCAACGCUGACGAAUCACAUAAAGACACACAGCACGGAUAAGCCUUUUGUGUGCACAAUGUGCGACAAGGCGUUCAAGAUGAAGUCCCACCUUGAGUCCCACGUGUCGACGCACAUGCAAAAAAGUUUAAUGUGCCCCUACUGCCCUAAACGGUUCAAAGUUCAGAAAGCCGUGGAGGAUCACAUUAAAAAUCGCCAUCAUGGUUUACCGCCAAAUCCUAAUGAUCCCGUAAUUUGCUGCACAAUCUGCAAGAAAAUCUACAAGAGUCUCUCAGCAUUAAUGGAACACGUGCGAAUACAUCCAAAAAGGAAGCCUUAUGAAUGUGAAUUCUGCGGGAAGCGCAUGACUUGUUCUUACUACAAGAAGAAGCACAUUGAACUUGCCCAUUCAACGGAGAUGUAUCGAGAACUUCCAGAGCCACCUGUGAAGGAGGAAGAAGUAGAGGAUGAGGAACAGGAGGAAAUUCUCUAAUGAGAAGAAGGAGUAGCAAGAUCAAAAUUACAUACUCUCAAUAGAAAGAAAAAGUUUAGUGCAAAAAUAAUCAUUUAAUGAGAUUUAAUUACAAAACAGCUAUAAAAUAAUAUAGAUAAUACAAGUUAAGGAAAUUUGUAAAAUUCAUAAAAUUGAAAAGAUAAGAAAUUGCUCUGUUGAAAGUUCAGGCAAAAUUCAAUUUUUUAUGGUAAAUUAUUUUAUGAUUUUCAAAUUGUAAAUAUUUGAAAUUUUUUAUUCUAUUUAUUUUUUGUUUAUAAAUAAAUUAAAAUUAAUCUUUGCAAAGAUAAAUUUUAUGUAAAUAAAAAUCAUUCAUUUACUAAAUUACUAAAUUAUAAAUUUUAGAAUAAAAUUCGCUAAAAUAAGCAAAAUAAUAAAUUGUGAAUUAACUAUUCACUAAAAGU